CUGGGUGCUCUCCCAUCCUCUGUCCAGGUGUUCCUGCAGCCACAGCCAUGUCCUGCUACGACCUGUGCCGGCCCUGCGGCCCCACCCCGCUGGCCAACAGCUGCAACGAGCCCUGCGUGCGCCAGUGCCAGGACUCCCGCGUGGUCAUCCAGCCCUCGCCCGUGGUGGUCACUCUGCCCGGGCCCAUCCUCAGCUCCUUCCCCCAGAACACCGCCGUGGGAUCCUCCACCUCCGCCGCCGUGGGCAGCAUCCUCAGCGAGGAUGGCGUCCCCAUCAACUCGGGGGGCUUUGGGCUCGGGGCUCUUUCUGGCUUUGGUGGCCGCUACUGUGGCCGCAGGUGCCUGCCUUACUAAAGCCUGGCCGGACGUCCAGCGGGGCUGGCCUAAGGCUGGAGCUUCUGGCCAGUGUUUUUAGAGGUCCUGGGCCCCCUCGGGCCCUCCUGUCCAUGAGGGAGUGACUCUCUGGACACUUGUCCAGCCUGUCCCAGCCUCAGGAAUCCUGCUGUGAAUUAAUUUCCUUGUAUCUGUGAUUUUGCAUUUCACACUGAUGUGGGUUAAUGAUGGAAUUCCUGGCGGUCGGCGUAUGGGUUUUACUCAGGAAUUCAGGAAAGGCAGUGUCUCACUUGUUGUUUCUCAGUUUGGAUGGUUUCAGUGGCUUCUUUUCCCUUCAUAAAUAUAUAUUUUCCUUUUGUUUUUGCUGAAUGCUACUUGACUUUUUUUCAUUAAACUGAUGUUGCAUCUGA